CAAUAAGGCCAGAGAGCUAAUUAACAAAGAAAUGUUUUCGGGUAAAGUGAUUUGCGAAAUUUCUCAUUAAUUUCUUCACUUCGCGGUAGAUGGAAAUUCAGUUUUAGCGUCGAAGCAAAAGAGGGCUUGUAAUCUUAUUUCUCUCCACUAUUUUUCAUCACUUUUGCUUCAUUUCCUUUGAUUCCUUCCAUUACAAAGCAGAAACCAUGGUUGAGCUUGCAGGCAUAUUUCUCUCCCCACUCCUCCAAGUGUUUUUUGAAAGGGUGGCAUCUCGUGAAUUUGUUGACUUUUUUCGGCGACAAAAACUCGACCACACACUCUUGAACAACCUGAAGAUGGCUUUGCUAUCUGUGAAUGCUGUGUUUGAAGAUGCAGAGGAAAAACAAGUGACAAAUCCCUACGUGAAAGAAUGGCUUGGUGAGUUGAAAGAUGCUAUCUAUGAUGCAGAGGACAUCUUGGAUGAGAUUGAUACCGAAGCCAUGCGAUGCAAGUUGGAUGCUGAAUUUCAUACCACUACAAGCAAGGUACGAAAAACCAUCUCUACUUCUCUUAAACCUUUUGUCAAGGAAAUAGAACCAAAGAUAAAACAAGUGCUUGACCGAUUGAAUGCUCUUGUAAGACAAAAGGACGUUAUAGGUCUAAAAGGAGGAGCUCAAGGGAAACCAUCCGAAAGAUUGCCCACAACUUCUUUGGUUGAAGAAUCUGGUAUUUGUGGUAGAGAAGAUGAUAAGGAGAAAAUAAUUAAUUUCUUGUUCUCGGAUGAGGUAAGUGGCAAUAAGUUGUUUGUGAUUGCUAUUGUCGGUAUGGGGGGACUCGGCAAGACCACCCUUGCUCAGCUUGUAUACAAUCACGAGAAAGUGAAGGAACAUUUUGACCUUAAAGCAUGGGCUUGUGUUUCGGAUGACUUUGACGUCUUUAAGGUAACAAAAGCAAUUCUAGAGGGAGUAUAUUCAUCCGCUAAUGGUGAUGGUAAGACUCUAAAUUGGCUUCAAAGUACGCUAAAGGAGAGUUUGACAGGAAAUAAAUUUCUACUUGUUUUAGAUGAUGUUUGGAAUAAUAUUAAUUGGGAGGUCUUAAGUAAUCCCUUCAGAUUUGGAGCACAAGGGAGCAGAGUUUUGAUAACCACACGUGAAGAACGAGUAGCAUCGGUUAUGCAAACUACUUUCAAACACAAUCUGAAGCCAUUACCAGAAAAAGAAUGUUGGUCACUUUUUGUAAGGCAUGCGUUUAGUGGCAGUGUCUCCAAUAAGCAUCCAGAGCUAGAAGCAAUUGGAAGACAAAUCCUGGAAAAAUGCAAAGGUCUCCCUUUAGCUGUCAAGACAAUUGGAUCUCUCUUGUGGUCUAAUGUAGAUGCUGAUGAUUGGAAUAAAAUAUUAAAGAGCGAGUUGUGGGACAUGUCGACUGAUCAAAUUAUUCCUGCUCUAAGAUUAAGUUAUAAAUAUUUGCCCUCACAUUUAAAGCGUUGCUUUGCUUAUUGUUCUAUAUAUCCAAAAGAUCAUUUUUUCGACAAAGAGGAAUUAGUCUCAUUGUGGAUGGCAGAAGGUCUAUUACAAAAGUCUAAAGGCAAAACAAUGGAGCAAGUUGGCGAUGAUAACUUCGUUGAUCUGGUAUCGAGAUCGUUAUUAUUUCAAGAAUCAAGUACUUCUUCAACAUUCGGAAUGCAUGAUCUUGUCAACGACUUAGCAAGAUUAGUAUCUGGGCAAUUUAUCUUUAGACUGGAGGAUGGAAAUUCGCUCCAACUUACGAACAAGACUCGCCAUUUAUCAAUUGUUGGACAAAGCUUGGAAAACAUCCCAAAGACGUUAGAGGCACUUUACGAGGCCAAGGGGUUGCGCACUUUUCUCCCAAUAACAGAUCAUUGGAAUGGAUUAAUCGUAAGGAGAAAAUUCGCACAUGACCAUUCGUGGCCCAUGUUGAGAUUCUUACGAGUGCUUUCCUUUGCAAAUUAUAGAAAUUUGACUGAGUUGCCUGAUUCAAUUGGCAAAAUUCGACAUCUACGAUAUUUGGAUCUGUCUUGGACAGGAAUUAGAAAACUACCUAAUUCUAUAUGUAAAUUGUGCAAUUUGCAAACAUUGAGAUUAUGGCGUUGUUGGAAUCUUACUGUAUUACCUAGAGAUAUGCAUAAACUCAUUAGUUUGCGUCAUCUUGAUUUAUAUGGAAGUGCCAUAACGAAGAUGCCGUUACAUCUGGGUAGACUAAAAUGUUUACAGACUUUGGAUAUAUUUGUUGUCAACAAACAUUGUGGAUCGAGCAUUGGGGAGUUGGGGAAUCUUGAAGAUAUUGGGGGGAAUCUCACUAUUACGAAGCUCCAAAAUAUCAAAUCGCCUGAAGAUGCUUUGGAUGCAAGGUUGAAGGAUAAGAAGCACCUUACGAGUUUGGAGUUGAAAUGGGACGAUACAACUAGCAAUAUUUCAGAAAGUGAUCAAAUAACUGUACUGGAGAAUCUCCAACCCCAUACAAACUUGAAAAAUCUCUUUAUCAACAAUUAUGGUGGUAAAAGCUUACCGGAUUGGAUCGCUCAUCCUUCACUCUCUAAGAUAGAAUAUCUUUAUCUCUAUAAUUGUAAAUAUUGCCACAUCUUGCCAUCAUUUGGACAACUACACUCUCUCCAGAAGCUCUAUAUUAUUGGCUUUCAUGGAAUUGCUAGAGUGGGUAAGGAGUUCUAUGGUAGCAGUUCUUUUACGUUUAAGCGGCCAUUCGAAGCCUUGAGAUAUCUUACGUUUGAAGACAUGCCAAAUUGGGAAAACUGGUUUUGUUUUGAUUCUGAAAAUGAAGGUGAAGCAGCAUUUCCUUGUCUUGAAGAACUUCAGAUUAUCAAGUGCCCCAAGCUAACAGGAGGGUUGCCCAUCCAUCUUCCUUCUUUAGCCAGACUUGAGAUUGUUGAAUGUUCGCAGCUGGCGGCCUCACUUCCAAGGUCUCCUACUCUACGUCAAUUGGAGUUAAUAAAUGUUAACGAGGUUCUGUUAAAUGAAUUGCCAUCUGGAUUGCAAAAACUAGUACUUAAAGGAUCUGAUGCAUUACGGUCCCUACCGGAGGGAAUGAUGGAUUCCAGCAGUCCUCUUCAAGAAUUGGAAAUUGAUCGUUGUUGCUCGCUCAUGUUACUUUCCGAUGAUGGUCUACCCUCCACAUUAAAAAGUCUUACGAUCUCAAACUGUAAGAAGUUAGAAUUCCCAGUGCACUUCAACUAUUCAUCCCUCAAAGAGUUAUACUUGAGAAAUAGUUGCGAUUCUCUUAGGUGCUUUCAUGUAAACUUAAUCACAAAGAUUGAUAUUUUCACCAUCAAGGGGUGUGAGAAUCUGAAGUCUCUUAUUAAUUCAGAACAACAUCAAAACGAUUUAGCCGCCUCGAUUAUACGAAUCAAGAAUUGCCCUAAUUUCGUAUCAUUUCCAGAUGGAGGAUUGCGUGCCGAAAAAUUGAAAACAUUUGAGAUAAGUGAUUGUGGGAAUUUAAGGUCAUUACCUGACAAGAUGCACCUACUCCUUCCAUCCCUGGAGUCACUAUCUAUCUAUAACUGUCCAAUGCUGCAAUCAUUCGGUGAAGGGGGCUUGCCUACCAAUUUAAAGUUACUAUUGAUCCGUAAGUGUCCAAUGCUGCAAUCAUUCGGUGAAGGGGGCUUGCCUACCAAUUUAAAAUCGAUUUUCGUAGAAGAUUGUGACAAGCUCGUUGCCUGUCGAACGACAUGGGGCCUACAAAAACUCUUCUCUCUUCAAGAAUUGUCAAUCCAUGGCAAUUGCGAAGAUGUGAAGUGUUUUCCAGAGCCGGAUUUGCUGCCCAUGAAGAUGACCAGUCUUAACAUCUCUGGAUUUUCAAAUAUGACCUCUCUAGACAAGAAGGGCCUUCAACAACUCACCUUUCUUGAAACAUUAUAUAUCUGUAAGCUCCCAAGGCUGAAGGUCACGGCAAACAACAGAUUGUUCGACUCCAUUUCUACUCUGAUCUUUCUUACCAUCUCUGGAAUUCCAACUAUAACAUCUUUGGACAACUUGGGCAUUCAAGGCCUCACCUCUCUUGAGCAGAUGGAGAUCUAUGAUUGUCCUAAUCUGAAGUUCGUGCCAAAAGAUGGGUUUCCUGCCUCCAUUUCUUCUCUAGAGAUCCGCGGAUGUCCACUAUUGGAGAAACAGUUGCAAAAUAAAAAAGGAAAAGAAUGGCGCAAGGUUGCUCACAUCCCCAGCGUAAGGAUUAAUUAUAAAAAGAUUUGAAUGGCUUCUUCUACAAGCCAAACAUAUGAACUACAGGUGGAUGGCUGCGACUGUACAUUCACCUUUCAAAGUUAGGUGGCCAACCUUUUACUGUUGCUGAAAUUGAGGAAAUUUCUGUUAAGAAUAGCAACUCCGCAUCUACAACAAAUCAGAUGUCAGUGCCAGGAAAAGCUUGAUCGAAAAGUCCUUAAUUAAAAUAGAGUAUUGAUUUUGAUAAGGUAUUUCAUAUUAUGGUUAUGAACGGAAAGCCGCAGUGAAAGCAAGUUUAUGCACCUUCUUGGCAUUCAACAGAAGUUUGGCUACUGAGGAUUGCUAAAGCUCAUGUCCUUGCCCAUGACUCUGGCUAUCACCAGCUCGUUAGUCACUGGUGGCCAUCCUUUACCUGUUGCUGAAAUUGAGGAAAUUUCUGUUAAGAAUGGAAACUCUGCUUCUACAACAAAUCAGAUGUCACUGCCAGCAAAAGCUUGAUCAGUAUUUCAUAUUAUGGUUAUGGACAGAAAGCCGUAGUGAAAGCAAGUUUAUGCACCUUCUUGGCAUUCAACAGAAGUUUGGCUACGGAGGAUUGCUAAAGCUCAUGUCCUUGCCCAUGACUCUGGCUAUCACCAGCUCGUUAGUCACUAACUGUUGCACCCUCAUUUUCGUUACACAAUAGAGAUCAAUGCUCUGGCUCAAGAAGUACUUAUCAAUGCAAGUGGCACCAUUGAGUCUGCAUUCGCAACUGGAAAAUAUUCCAUGGAAAUCACUUCCUACUGACCCAAUUAGAAGGGGAAUGGCCGUUGAGGAUCCAACUGCUCCUCAUGGACUAAGGCUAACAAUCAAAGACUACCCAUACGCCAAUGAUGGUCUCAUCCUCUGGGAUUCCAUGUCAACCACUACUACCUUGACCCUAGCCUUGUGGAGUAUGAUCAAGAGCUCCAAUCAUGGUGGACGGAAAUUCGAACAGCUGGAUCUUCUUUCGAAGUGGCAAUGAAGUGGCCUUGAGAAUCUGCACAUCACAAGCAUAAACUUCAAGGGAAGGAGGCAAAACGACGCAAUUUAUACCAAAUUCCAUCUUUACAGGUUUCAAGUACCAACUUUUUUUUAAAAAAAUUAAUAAGAGAAUUUUAUUCCAAGUAAAUAGGCGUAGCUCAAAUACAUAGGAAAUAUACUCAAGUACCAACUUUUCUGUUCAAUGGGCGUGCUUUGAAUAUUCUCGCAACUAAUUUCACUUGUUCCAGUUUCGUAUUAUCCUUGGGCCUGAAAUAUAAAAAAGUUAAUUUAUCCUGCA